AUCAGAUUCAUUUGUGUUGAGUGAUCGUUCAGGCCAGGGUAAGCGCGUAUGUGCAUGUUAAUUAGUGUGUAAUUGUGUUUGUUUGAAGAUAAAACGAUAAAAUGCUGCUUCAUCGAUCAGUUAUAAUACAUCACGAACAAUAUAAGUUUGUAUUUAUUGUUUAGUUUAGCUUAAUUAGCGCGCUAGCAGCGUUACUAGCGUCUAACCGACGUUUUAUUUUUUUUUAAUUUUUUAACUUCACUCCGCUUUAUUUUACCCUAACCUGUCAGAUUUAACUACUGUGUUUAUAUGAUUUUAGUUUGAAUGUGUUUAAUACGAGUUUGCAAACUAAUACACGAUUUUAAACGUUAAAUAAUGUAACGUUAUGUGAAGGGCCAAGUUAACCGCAAUCAUCAUCAUCAUCAUCAUCAUCAUAAUAAUAAUAAUCAGUUUAUCAAAACCAGCCAUAAAGCCAUCAGGAAUUACAGAACUGCUUCAUAAAACACCAAAAACAUCAUUUCUGAUCUGUUAGAUGAAGAUGAUGAUGAGGGGUGCAUCCUCGAGAGGGUCCAGCAUGCCCCACAGCUGCUUGACAAACAUCUCAUCUCCUUCACCUUUCAAUGACAUCAACAACAAUGACAAAUAUCUUCCUGGACAACCUUUAAGUGCCUCAACCAAAAUCAAUUCCAAACAGAAAAGCCCUCCCCGUGAAUUGAUCGACCGAUAUAAGAGAGGAGAUACACAUCCGGUGUCAGCGUUGUACCAGCUCUCUCAAACUUUGCAGUUUCAACUGGAUCUGAAAGAAACCGUUACCACUGCAGGAAUUACAGGGUUUUACUUUGCGUUCUGUGCUGUGAUUGAUGGAAUCCAGUAUAAGACCGGAAUGGGCAUCACAAAGAAAGAAGCCAGGGCCAAAGCAGCUGAACUGGCCCUUGAAGAGCUCAUAGCAAGUCUGGAGAAUGAUGGGAUACCUUCAGAUGUUUCCGUGGGGCCUCCUCCUCUGCCAGUAAGAGAAAAAGACUCAACAAUCCCAGAAAUCCAUUCUGGAAGAGCCGUGAUUGAAAGAAAGAACCCCAUAAAGGAUCAGGUUCCCAGCGUGGUGCGGGAGAUGUUCACCAAGCUAAUGGACCGUUACCCAGAAUUCUCUGGCUGUGGCGGAACAGUGGCUGCAUUUGUCAUGCUCACCCCAACAGGAUGUGAGGUUGUUGCUCUUGGAACGGGCAGUUCUAAUACCAAAGCCAGUCCAGCACCCACAGGACGAAUUCUACAUGAUUCACAUGCAGUAGUAACUGCCCGGAGAUCAUUAAUGAGGUUUCUGUAUAGGAAUCUGUUGCUGUUCUUCAGUAAGAAUAGCGCUCUGGAGGAGAAGUCAGUAUUUCAGCAGGACCAGACCACGAAGCUCCUCAGCCUCAAAAAUCACAUCACUCUACACCUGUACCUGAGCCAACUGCCCAAAGGAGCGGCACAGAUACCUUCUCAACUCCGCCUCAAUCCUCUGUCCAUCUCUGCAUGGGAGGUGAAUAAUCAGAUUGGUCUUCAUGUGGUGGUGGAAGGGAAGGUCUUCUCCAAGUUCUCCAGCUCGUACGAGCAGAUGGGCUCGCAUGUGGUCAGUAUGUCCGCCACCGAUAAGAUCAUGCAGUGGCAGGUAUUGGGCUUCCAGGGAGCGCUACUGAGCCACUUCAUUGAGCCAGUCUAUGUGAGCAGCAUCUUCAUUGGCGAUGGCAGCUGCAGUGAUACUCGCGGUAUAGAGAUGGCAGUGAACCAGCGUGUGGAUGGCAUCACCUCAGCACUGCCCUUGUACUACUGCGUCUACCGGCCGCACAUCAGCCUGGUGUCCUCGGCCGUGCCUCAGGACGCACACCCUACCCAGAAGUCCCUCAGCCUUAACUGGAGCCACGGAGACCUUAUGGUGGAGAUGGUCAAUGCUCUGGAGGGGAAGACUACCGAAGACUCUCCGUUUAAGAGCAGUCCAGCCUUGGCCAGCCGUCUUUGCAAGGCAGCGAUGUUGAGUCGAUUUAAUUUGGUAGCUAAAGAGGCCCAGAGAGAGGAGCUGCUCACCGCUGUCACAUACAGGGAGGCCAAGAUGAUGGCAAAGCCGUACCAGGAAGCAAAGAGUGUGCUGAAGUCUUACCUGGAAAGAAAGGGCUACGGCCAGUGGGUGGAGAAACCGCCGAUCAGCGACCAUUUCUCAAUGUGAGAGCCCACCUACAGAUGCCAGUGCAAUAUCAUGUUUAAAUAUGUUUAAAUUGCAUGCUGAAUUACUUUGUGGUUUGCAUGUUUGUUUUGUUCAAAUUUGUUUUAUAUCGAUGAAACAAGAGGCACUUGCAGACAACAGACAUACAUAUGUUUAUGGACUGGGGAAACGUACUGGAUUUGAAGUUUAUUUUCCCAAGUGCAAAGAUAUAAGUACAGUUCAAGACAUAUAAUAGUGUAAAAGGGGAUGUUCUGUUUGCUUCCAAGGUAAAUGAAAAUAAAAAAAAAAACGUU